GGCGUGAAUCACUUGGCUACUUUCCGCGGGCAGGUACGACCUAACUGAGCACACUCGAGUCUACACAAACAAAUCUGGAAAGUUUUUACUCGGACCUUGAUUAAAUUCACAUCAGCUCUAUCCAACACCGGUUUGGGGGUGGCUCAAUGUUUUAUUUAUUUCCAGGAUCGUCCGAAAUAGAUGAAUGCUAACGUUAGCUCGCUAGUUAAGAGACAUGCCAGUGAAAACUGUCGGUAUUUCCCCUGAAAGAAACAAAAUGUCCGCGGAGCACAGGGCCAGCUGGAUACUGACAGGCACCGUGGUCGUUUGUGUCGCCGCUCUGUAUGUGCCCUGUGUGCAGAGGACUGUCCCCGGCGGAGACUCAGGAGAGCUGAUCACCACUGCUUGUGAGCUGGGGGUGGCCCAUCCUCCAGGUUACCCACUCUUCACUCUACUAGCUUGCCUGGCUAUGCGUCUACUGCCCUCACUCUCUCCAGCCCACAGUGUUAACCUGAUGAGUAGCCUCCUGGGGGCUGCAUCUUGUGGUGGCUUCUGCAUUACUGUCUGCAGGAUGACAGGUCCUGGUCCUGGAGCAGUGCUGGCUGGUGGGCUAUUCGCUGUGUCCAGACUCAGCUGGCAGUGGUCUGUGGUGGCAGAGGUCUUCACCCUCAACAACCUUUUUAUCGGCCUUCUCUUCUUCUUGACCGCCAGCUUCCACUGUGCUGAAAAUGCCAUGCAGCGCAAGAAGAUUGCACACUGGGGGGCAUUAUGCUGUGGCUUGGGCCUCUGUAACCAGCACACACUGGUACUGUAUGUGCUGGUCAUCAUUCCUUGGGUCCUUUACCAACUCUACUCUCAAAAGGAGCUGUCUUUGCAUGGCCUUGUAUCUCUGGGAUUCUGUUUCCUCGCUGGCUUUCUGCCCUACAUUUACCUGCCAGUUUCAUCUUACCUCAACACAGCCCGCUGGAGCUGGGGUGACCAGACCACCCUGUCAGGUCUGUUGACCCACCUACUGCGAGCUGAGUAUGGCACGUUCAGUCUAGCAAAGACAGAAAGCUCAGUUAACCUCACCACAAUGCUGCAGGCCCAGUUGGACCACUGCCUGGCAGAACUUUCACCUCCUGUUUCGGUACUGGCAGGAAUAGGCUUUCUGCUCUCCUCAUUGGACAGGAGGUGUCGCUCGGUGUCCUGGCUGUUAACUGUCAUGCUGGUGGUCUAUUCGCUGUUUUUUGCAUGGAGAGCCAACCUGGACAUUAGCAGACCCUUACUGCUCGGAGUGGUUGAGCGUUUCUGGCUCCAGAGUGAUGCUGCAGUGUGUGUGCUGGCAGGCCUCGGCUUGAGCCGGACUCUCGCUGAGCUGGAGAGGAGGCUGGCCUAUAGGGGGUUGUGGAAGACCACAGGCUGGGUCUUCACUGCAGCUCUGCUGGCACAUAUGGUGCACACCAAUCACAGGGAGUGCGAUCAGAGUGGUAACAGUGUGGUGGAGAGGUUCGGCAGGGAGCUUCUGGCCUCCUUCCCAAAAGACUCGAUCAUCCUGACCAGAGGAGAUCUGCCUGGAAACUCUCUGCGUUACCUACACUACUGCCAGGGUGUACGGCCUGAUGUACGCCUGGUUGAUCAGGAGAUGAUGACAUAUGCUUGGUAUGUGGCCAAGCUGGCACAGCACCACCCUGGGGUCCGCUUUCCCGGCCACUGGUGGGACCCGGUCCACCCCGAAGAGAAAAGCACCUUCAGUCUCGAGGAAUUUCUGUCCCACAACACACAGAGGGAUGUGUUUGCCUGCAUCGGACUUCCUGAUGGAGACCCGAGCUGGGAACGUAGUUAUUCCCGCUGGCCCCUGGGUGUGUGUGACUACUUAGUGCCUGUUCAGAGGCAGUUUCACCCUGAAGAGUGGGCCCAUCGCACACGCAGUAUCUACAACUGGAGUGAGCCACACAACAGUUUCCAUCCUGCAUCCUGGGAGCAUGUUGCUAAUGAAGAGAUGUGGCAAGCCAGGAUGAAGACGGCUUUCUUUCUGUUUGACCUGGCUGAAAGGAUGCAAGGAGAGGGGAAAACUCGCCUCUUUGAGCUGUCUUACACUCUAUAUAAGGAGAUUGUUGAGGCCCACAAAGACUACCCGCCAAACUGGGACAAGAACCUGGCUCUGGCUUGCGAGAGGCUGCUCCGCUCAGGUCACCGGGGUUACAGUCCAGACAGCCUGCUGACCUGCAGUGCCCGGCACUUUAGUCUUUACUUAGAGAAGGACCCCACUGAUCCCCAGGCACCUGCCAUACGUUCAGCUAUUACUCACCUGCUCCAAGAGAGGGACAGAUUCCGCCAGAGCCGGAAGCAAACCCCGUAAGAUCCAGUGAGACCUACAUGGAGCAGGAACACUGAGAGAGUGCUGCAGGGCCCUGGAAAUUAUGGCUGAGUCGAUGUGCCUCUUCAUGGAGUUUGAAGGUGGUUCUUCAAAUGGAUAGAGACUGAUGCAGUUUUGCUAAAUGGGACUUAUAUGUCAGAAAUUGGAACUAAGGUGAAUGCUGAUUCAUAAGUUCUGGUUUGAGGUUAUCAAACAGGACUGCCACCUAGCUGUGCCUCGUUUGAUGAAUGUUUACAGUUGGCAAGAGGCAGGCUGUGACUUCAGGAAGCCUUGACUGACCUCAGUCAAGCUCUGUACACUUCUCUUAAAGUCGCCAUUCAAUUGCUUUAUCGUUACAUCUCUUUCUUUUUUUUUUUUUCCCCUAUUCUGCUCUCAGAGCUUUUAACGUUCUGAUUAUUCUGCCUCAGCCUCUGCUCUAGUUCUUUUUCUCACAUUAGGAUGGCAAGACUGAGAUUGAGGGAAACCCAAUUUGGGGGCAGCAAUGGGGGAUUAGAGCGGCUGUUUAAUCUAGGACAGACUUGUGCUGUGCCACGCAGUCCUCACUCAACUACACACCCACCCACCCCUCUAUCCUUCCAUCAGUCUAUCUUAGAUGGUCCUUUAAAUGUUUAAAACUAAUGGAUUCCGUGAGUGUUUUUUUUUUUUCCUCUUUCUCUCUUCCUUCCUGACAUGAGGGCUGUAAUCCCUCAUGGAUUUAAAUGAAAUGUGAAAUGUCACAAUGCCAGGGACCCUUUUAGAGGUACGUUUGUGUGUUUGUCCAUGCGUGCUUCUAUGUUGAUUUGUGUCUGCAUGCGUGUGAGAACAUGCUUAAAUCUCCCAAGUCCUCUCCCUGCCAAAAUUGCUCAUAAACCUAUUCGAUAAACAGAUCGGCACACCAAAAAGCAAAACGCUUUGAUCAUUAGAGAGAGACACAAAGUCACAGAAAGUUCACGGACAGACACAGAUACGUAAGACCUUCAGCGCCCAACUCAUCGGAAAAUGGACAUUUUUUGGUCUGUGAGUGUUGGGAAGAAGUGCUGUCAAACUUAAUCAGACUGGACCAGGGAUUCUUGAAGAACACCCCUAAAGUAUGCCUUUGUAUGUCUUUGACGUUUUGGGAUCCGACACCUCGGUUACACGCUGUUUUUUGUAAAUGUUGGUGUUGAUGCUAAUGAACCUCGUGCCAUGAAAUUUGUUGUGCAGAGGUCAAAUCAGCAUAUUGCCAUAAGCUUUAUAAAACAUUUCUGAAGAAGCCUGCUGUUCGAGAUACCAGCGAAAAGCGAGGGACAGUGAAUGCAUGUGUAGUUUUCUCAGAAUGUAAUCUGCCCUCUCUGUUCGCAGGCCUGGUUAGCGGCUGUCAGCUGGCUGGAUGAUGAGGUUCGACCUGCUGUAGCACAGAUGGUUUGGUUUCACAUAAAAACAAGGGGAAACUGUCAUUCUGCGUUC